CCACAAGGCGGUGGCUCGCGAGCGAGCGUCAGCUACGCGCGCGCAAAAGUUUGCCCUCUUCAAUCGGUGCCUUGCUGUCGGGAAGAAAGCCCGGAAGAGUGUGUACAACAGCACGGAUUCGAAUAACGGCAAACGUUUAGCCUGCGGCCCGUCAUUUUUGGAGACCACCUUCUAGACCGGGCUUGAAACUUGGCACAGGACUGUGGGUAUCCUACACAUGUUUAGUAAUUCCUGGAAAUUCUACUUUUGAAUACACAAAUUUCUUGCACAUAUUUAUUUGGCUUGAAGAUCCACUUGUGAUUAUUUGGUUAAGUCAUGGCAACAGGGGGUGAGGAAGACCCCUUCAGUUCAAACAAUCGAGAAGACAACAAUUCCCAAAAUCAGCCUGAUUCUGAGGAGCAGGUUAUAGAGGAGACUGAGAGUGUGUUUUGCAGUUAUGUCUUUCAUCGUUACCAGCAAGAAAGUCAAACAGAAGAAGGUGAGGUACCAAAGGACCCUGAGAUUUUGGACCUGCAGCCCAGGUUAUACAGCACUCCUUACCGUGUCGGUCACCAGUUAGCCAUAAUUGGUGAUGAUAUCAACAGACGUUACGACCAUGAGUUCAGAAGAAUGCUCUCCCAGUUGGCACUCACCCCUCAAAAUGCCUACAUUUACUUCUGCAAGAUAGCCACAAGCCUCUUUGAGUCAGAGAUCAAUUGGGGCCGAGUGAUUGCCUUGCUCGGUUUUGGGUACCGAAUGGCUCUGCAUGUCUUCCAGCAAGGAAUAACCGGUUUCUUAAGCCAGAUUGGCCGAUUCAUUGCUGACUUUCUCCUUCGCAAUCGGAUUGCUCAGUGGAUUGCACAACAAGGUGGAUGGGUUGCUGUUUUAGAUUUGGACAAUGUCUACUUGAAGUACAUGUUUGCCCUGUUUGCUGUGGUUUUUUUGGGACAUAUCAUUCUGAAGCGCUUCUUCCGCUCAUGAUGGAAGCUAGCUGGCAGUUCAGGAUUCCCGCCACUGAGGUUAUUGGAACACAGAAAUAGGUCUUGGUGACAUCAUAAUUUCAGGGACUUAAUAUUUUUAGUUUGAGGCUGGGAUACAGAAGGUUGUAAAUGAUCAAAACUCUUUGCUUAAAAUAAUGUUAUUACUGUAUCUCCAAGGUUGGGAGACAUUUGUAGGAUUUGGAGAGUGUUUUAAACAACACCAUUUAUACAUAUGUUAAAUAAUAGAGCAUAAAAGGUUUACUAGCAUAGGAGACAAUGUUAUUCAGGAAAUUGCAGGGAUUUUUGCUAUUUUUUUUGCACAAAGGUUGAUUUGACUUUCAUAUUAUUUAUGCCAAGUUCUUUUUCUCUUCUGCUAAAAUGAAAGUCACCUUAACCAACAAUUAGCAAGUAGGCACUGUUCUCUGUUAAAGUGAAGAAUUGAUUCCAGAUGUUUUUAUUGUCUUUUAGAAACUGCAGUAUAUCAAGCAGAUUUUGUUUGAGGGUUUCAUCUGUAAGUUAAUUUUUUGGUUUAUUUAAUAGAUUUGCAGACCUAUGCAUUUCUUAAAAUGCAGUGCCUUGAUGACAUUGUCUUAUUGCUUUUCAUCAUUACUUCUGGCAUGAGCACAGGAUUGUACUUCACCUCUUUAAAGCGUGUACAAAAACCUUUAAAGAUUAGUUUAAUCAAGUACUAAGUUGAAAUUGCUCUUCUUACUGCAUGAAAUGGCCAUGUCAUAGGAAGGAAUGUGUAUACUCCACGGCAACCUGCCAAAUUACUUUUCAACCAGAAUACCUCAAUGAAUCAAACUACCAUUAAGCACCAUCUUUCUUCAGUCACCUGACCAACUCAUAUGCCAUUUGCUUGUUGGAUAUCUAUUGUGUUUAAUCCUGUCUGCCAAGUUAAACCAGUUGAUUAGCUUCCUUAGGAUUCUGCAUUUCGUUUUGGGAAUUCAUAAGUUAGCCAUAGUUAUAGUAUAAUGUUCUGGUAUAAAUAACUAAUAAGUGCAAUAAUUUAGCCUUACUUUUGUACAUUUCUAUUGUAUUGUUGCAAAAAGCUUCACAGGUAUCCUAAGACCUUUCUUUUUUGCAUUGAGCCAUUAAAGAAGCAGUUGCACCAGUGUCAGGAGGAAAAACAUUAUGAUGUAUGAUUUGAGAAAACUAAGAUCUAAAAUUAUGUGGAAUCUGGCCUCCACAUGUUAUUUAGUAAUAAGUCCAGUGUAGUGCAUUUUUUUGCAUCCCUUUGCCCAAGUAAGAUUGUACAGUAUUGUGUAAGCCUGUACAUCCUAGUAAACACAGACAGUUUUAACACAGUUUUUCUGCAGAGAGAAACACCAGUAAAUUGAGAAAAAUGCACUGGAAAUUUGCAGCGUUGUUAUGGAAAAUAUAUUUCCAUGUCCACUGAGUGAAAAUUUAUUUUCAUAUUUUUUUCAAAAACUGGUUGACGUAUAUGCAAAACUAGUUUUAUAGCUGUGUUCAAGUUUGGGCAUAAGAGCAUUUUUAAUUGAUCUGUUAUGUUGUGAAAUGCUCUCUAAACCUCUAAACUUAUGAAUACACCCAGAGUCUAUUUACAAUAAUGAUAAUCAUAGCUUACAGUACCCAUAUAUGUGAAACCUAGCCAAGAAGCAGGAUAUUGUAUGUGGUUCAGAUGCAAACAAUCUCUCAUAACUUUGACAGCACUUACUGAUAUCUCAUAUUACUUCCAAGGGUAUUGUCUACUAAUCAACCAGUUAAAUAGCAACCACUUUUCUCGUGCUGUGUAUAGGAUAUGCAAGCUUUCAGGUCAUAAAUUUCAUGUGAAUUCAUACCAUUGUGGUAGCUGCAGCUAAAUUUUGAUAUAACUCAGACCUCUCUUCUAAUUUAUCCGUUUAAAAUACAAAAUAAUCACAUUAAUCAAAAACAUUUUGAUUACAUUUUCCAGUUGCAUUGUGUUUGGAGCAAUACAGUGCAUACAUAAUAUGUUUGCUUUUUAUUUCUCAAAAAAAGUUCUAAAUCUUUACUUGAUAUUUGUGCAAAUCUAACAGGAAAUCAACAGUUACCUCACAAUUGUAUCAUAAGUCACAUGAGCUCCCUGGACCCUGUGAUUUUAGUAACAGAAACAAAAAGUUCUUUAUUGAAGAUACAGAAACUCUUACAAGUUCUCAUGAGUACUAGAUGGUGUGCUGCAUACCCUAUUACCAUACCCUUUCUUAAGUGUUAGGAGGUCUUAUGUUACAUCAGUGUGAAGCAUAAAACACAAUUCUAAGAUUUUGUUUAUAAAAGUUCUUGAGGGGUUCAAAAAUUUCUUGGAACAUUUGUCAGUGAAAAAGCAGAAUUUGCACCCUUGACAGGACUUCUGAUAUGUCUGUGAGAUAGUUGAAGGAAGAAGGGUGCAGUAGAAAGAAGGUAACAUGUCAACAAGUAUAGAGCCUACACAAAAACAUAACCAUGUGCUUUGUUCAAGGUGUGGUAUAUGCAGUGUAUGGAUGAUGUAAAGAAGAAACUCCGAAAACAACUUGACUAAGAAAUGGCAAAUAUGAAAACAAAAUGAGAGAGAGUAAUGCAAAGCAUUGACUGAGAGAAUGCAAAAAGAGGCAAAUAUAGCAAAGAGGGCAUGGUGAAAACAUAGUUUCACUUUCAAAGUCAAAUGCCUAUCAUAAAAGUGCUACAGAGAGUUGACAGAUAUAGAAAAUAUGCUACCAGUUUAGCAUUGGGGCUUUUUCUAUGACAGAGACAGCAUUGUACUUCUGAGUUUAGGAAGGCCAAAAAUGCUCUUGCUUAUUUAGCCUUUUUUUCAGGGUUCUAACUUAGAGAUAAUUUGAGUAAGCAAAGUCCAGACCAUUAGAAUCCUCCUGAUAUGUACCAUGGUAUAAUGCAGUAGUUUUCAGUUUCAGUCCUGGGUCUACACUGUGGCUAUAGGUUUUUAUCCCAACCAGCCUCUGCUUAGAAUUGGAUUUGCACCUUAAUUAAACAUGACAUUAUUUCUUACUUAAUGUAUUUUGAGGUUAAAUAAGAAAUUAUGAAACAAAUGCAAGUCUGUAAAUUUUUUUAUUUAAAUGCAGAAUGUAUUUUACAUGUGGAAAAUUUUGUGUUUUAUGUUGGUUUUUAAGAUUUUCCCUGUCAUCAAAUUUGAUUAUUUUAGUCAUUUUUUACUGAUGAACACCAUAAUAGGUCUGACACUGAAGUCGGUAUAGCCUUUCAACAUCUAAUGUUGACUGCCAUGGUAUCUACACAGCUCAUUAUAAUUAUUAGGAUAUAAUUAUGGGAGCAAACUACACUGUAAAAAUGUGAAUAAAUAGGAAAACAUUAAAAGACUUAAUUAUUUAGGCUAUCCCAAAAAAAAAAAAAAACACAUUUGUAAAUGUCUUAAGAAUGCAGU